AUGGUGAAGGCGUAUUUGCGCUACGCCCACGAGGAGGCGUUUGGCCUCAUCGCGUCUCCGCACGCGAACGUUUCUUUCUUCUCUCCUGCUUCCUCCCCUGCGACUCGGCCUUCCGCACCCUACGUGCUGACCUGCAGCGGGGCGUCGGUGCUUCUCUGGAGCUCCAACCGCCAGUGUCAGCUUGCGUGUUUCGUGCCGCCGGCGGCCUCGACGGCCCACUACGCUGCGCGUCUGGCGCUUUCCUCUUCGCACUCGCACCUCGCAGUGGGCUACAGCGACGGCAGCGUGUUGGUCUGGGAGACGCCGUCGGCCUCCGCGCUCGCGGCGCUGCCCUCUGGUGCCCAGCCGCUGAAGUCUGCGCCGCUGCUCACGCUCCGCGGCCACCGCAGCGCAGUCACGGCGCUCUGCUGGGGCUUCGCGGGUGAAGAGACGAAUCACUUUUUCGCGGGGGGGGCUGCGGCGCGCACCGCGGACGCAAGCUUUGAGACGCUUCUCGUGUCCGCAUCCGCCGACGGAGACAUCAUCGUCUGGGACCGCGUCGCGGGCGUCGGGCUCCACAGGCUCCACGGGCACGCCGCACCCGUCACGCAGGUGGUCGCCCUGCGCCGUCGAGUCCGCAGAGGGAACUUUGCGGAGAGCGUCGCGAACGCGCAAGCCGAGCCGAAGAAGCGAAGGCGAAACGGCGCGAAUAACGCGGAGGCUGAAGACGGAGAGGCGAGCGACGCGCAGACGGUGCGCCGCAAGUCCAGGGGCUCCGUAGCCGAAGCUGCAGACGCCGCGGGGGCCGGUUCUGCGGCGCUGGAGGCGGAGAGCGGAGGAGGCGACUCGCGCGAAGGGAGAACGGGCGACCACACGCUCCCCGGCUCCGGGUUGCUUCUCAUCUCCUGUGGAAAGGACGGACUCUUGAAAAUCUGGGACGCCGACCUCGAGCUCUGUCUGCAGACCGUAGUCGACACGCUCGCCGGCGCCUCAGGCGCCGGCGAGGCUUGCAGCCUCGCGGUGAACCGCCAGCAGACGCGCCUCGUGGUCGGGUGCAGCGACCACAUGCUGCGCGUCUACGCGCUGCACGGCUUCUGUGCGUCGUCGUCGCGGUCUUCGGCGCCGUCGGCGAAGCAUGGAGAGAGCGACAGCGCGGAGGGCGCUCUGGUGAAUCCUCACACCGGCCUGCGCUGCGUGGCAUCGUUUCUCGGGUUCCUCAAGCGCCCCGCUGGCGGCCAGAAGAAGACGACCUGCAUGCACUUCCUCGCGUGGGGAGGCGCGGCGAGAGAGCUGGGCGACCACGACGCGAACGAGGGAGAUGAAGAAGAGGAGGAAGACGAGGGAGGCGUGUUGGUCGUCGGCAGCGGCAACAGCCGCGCCAUAGAGAUCUUCAAGGUCUGCGGCGAGGCGGAGCGCAAGAGACGGAUGAAGCGCCGGAAGAAGCGCGCCGAAGAGAAGAAAAAGAAGCGAGACCAGAAGCUGCGCGAGGCGCCCAGCGCUCAUGUGAGCCUCGAGGAGGAAGAGGACAAGGAAGCAGACAGUGCCGAACGCGUCACCGACGAGUUCGUCUUCCUCUCGCGACUCCACACCGCCAGCGUCAUCAAGGCUUUCCAUCUGCAAGGAGCACGCAGCCCCCACAAAGGCGCGCCCUCUGAGCGCCAAACUGGGAAAAAAGCGAGCAAGGCGAAAGCCCAGACGCGAGGCACAGAAAAACAAAUCGAAGUGGUGUUGGGCCUAGCGGACAAUGCCUUCGAAGUUUGGAGAGUCGACGUCCAGUGCCUCGCCGACCGACUGGCUCAGAAGGAGAGCGAGACGGGCGGCAGCAAGCAGGACACCGAUGCGUUUUUCAAGCAGCUCUCGCGUGUCUCCGUCGCAGGGCACCGAGGCACGCUGCGCCAGCUGGCUGUCAGCCACGACAGCUCCUAUCUGCUCUCCAUCGCAGACGAGGGCUUCAAGGUCUGGACGACGCACUCGAGGCAAUGUGUGAAGAGCGUCAUCGUCGACUUGCCGCUCUGCGGCUUCUUCGUCGCCGGAAACGACCACGUGGUGGUGGGGACGAAGGGCGGCGACCUGCUUCUGUACGACGUGGGCGCGUGCGCUGUGCGGCAGCACCUCGCGCAGGCCCACGGAGGAGCCGUCAAUGCGCUCGCGGAGCACCCCAAGCACACAGGUUUCGCGUCGAUUUCUGCGGACAAGAGCGUCAAGUUGUUCGUCUUUCACCUGGCGAGCGACGAGGCGGACGAGCCGAGGGCGAAGAAGGCGUCGGCGUCCUUCUUGCAGUGUCGGCAAGUGGGCAGCGUGCCCCUGCCCGAUCAGGGUAUCGACGUUCGCUACACGAUGAACGGCAAGUUUCUGAUUUGCGCGCUGCUGGACAUGACGAUUCUCGUCUUCUACGCCGACACCUGCAAGCUAUUCCUCUCGCUGUACGGACACCACCUCCCCGUCCUCUCGCUCUCGGUCUCCUCAGACAGCACACUGCUCGCGACCGGCAGCGCAGACAAAACUGUGAAAAUCUGGGGACUCGACUUCGGCAACAUUCAACAGAGUCUCCUAGCGCACGACGACGCCGUCACUCAGGUUGUCUUUCUCUUCGGCACACACUACCUGCUGUCGGCGUCUGCGGACGCCUCGCUGAAGCUGUGGGACGUGGAUCGGCGGGCGUGUCUGGUCUCGAUUCUGCCCUCGGUGUCGCACUCGCCGCUGCGCUGCCUGGUCGCCAGCCAGGACGGCGACCGCAUCUUCGCCGCGGACGCCACGCGGCUGCUGCAGUCCUGGCGCCGCACAGGGGAGCAGAUGUUCGCAGAAGAAGAGGAAGAACGACGCUGGGAAGAGAACGCCGAGCGCGAGGCCCUCCGCGAGGACGCCGUCCUCACCAGCACCGCCACCAGCGCGACCGUCGUCAUGGAUCGAGCCAGCAAACGCACCAUGGAGUCCGUCCGCUCGACUGAGCGCCUCAUGGAGGUUCUCGAUGAAGCGCGCGAGCAGCAAGAAGCAGACGAGGCGUACGCGUCUGCGUUGCUCGCGUGGGAGCGGCGGCGGCGCGAGCUGAAGAAGAAGACGGGCUCGAAGGAUGAAGGCGGUUUUUCUUUCGGCGAAGACCGCGAGGACGAGCGGCCCAUCGAGGGCCUUCCGCCGCGCCCUGCGCCGCCGCCUGGGAGAGUCGAGCUCAUGAGGCGCACAGCUGUGGAGCACGUGCUGCGCGCGCUCGCGACGCUCAAGGCAGGAGACACCUUCGAAGUCCUCGUCGCGCUGCCCUUCGAGUACGCUUACAGGCUUCUUGAGUUCCUCGUCGCCCACCUCUCGCUCUUCCACGUGUUAGUGACCGCUGGCGAGCGCCCGCGCGCGCCGGAGUCGAGCAAGAAGCGACGGCGGAUGACAGCGGAGGAGUCAGAAGCGACAGCGGACGCAAAGACCGCGAAAGACGCGGUCCUCUGCCUGUGCCCAAUCGAAAGCGCCGCCCGCGUUGCCCUCAUUCUCGUGCAGCUUCAUUUCAGGCUGUUCCUUGCCUCGCCUAAGCAGCGGCAACUUCUUGCGCGACUGCAGCGCUGCCUUCGCCCUCUGCUUGUCCGCGAAAGGGACCGCAUGCGCUUCAACAACGCCGCACUGACAUUCCUCCAGAGACAGAUGCAGCAAGAACGAUUUCAGGCUCUCCCCGAUGUGGGUGCGCCCACGUCGAAGCAGGGAGCGCAAAAGUCCGUUCGCAAGGCUUAG